AAAUUGAUAGGGAGGCAGCAAAGCCACAUAUGAAUGUGACGAGAGUAUGGAGGCAACUGCCUUUGCCAUUGCAGGCAUUCCUCCCCUUAUCCAAACCAAAACCAGGCUCUCAAAUGGAAGAUUGACAUUCAGAAAAAUAAAGAACAAGGGCAGACAUGAGAGCGGAAUUUUGACUUAUGCAAGUGCCAGUGCCAGUGCCAGUGGAGGAAUGCAGAAGGCGUGGCUAUACAAGGAAUAUGGAGGCGUAGAUGUGCUGCAGUUUGAAGAGGAGGUGGCUGUGCCCGAGCUCACCCCAGAUCAACUUCUCAUCAAAGUUGGCGCUGCAGCACUCAAUCCUGUUGAUUUCAAGCGGAGGCAGGGCAAAUUUAAGGCCACUGAUUCUCCUCUUCCGACAGUGCCAGGAUACGAUGUUGCUGGCACUGUGGUGAAGGUAGGAAGUAGGGUGCAAGGGUUUAAGGAAGGUGACCAGGUAUAUGGAAACAUUAAUGAAAAGGCUUUGGAGUUCCCAAAGCAAUAUGGCUCAGUUGCCGAAUACACAGCUGUAGAAGCGAAGCUCGUUGCUUUAAAACCAAAAAAUUUAGACUUUGCCCAGGCAGCGAGUCUUCCUCUGGCCAUUGAAACUGCACAUGAAGGCCUUGAAAGAGCAGGUUUUGGUCCUGGAAAGUCCAUUCUUGUGUUGGGAGGUGCAGGUGGUGUGGGCAGUCUUGUCAUACAGGCAACAAGACAAGUCUUUGGGGCAUCGUUCAUUGCAGCAACUUCAAGCACUGGGAAAUUGGAAAUUAUGAAGAGUCUUGGAGUUGAUGCGGCAAUUGACUACACUAAACAAAACUUUGAAGAAUUGCCUGAGAAGUAUGAUGUUGUCUACGAUGCAGUUGGACAAUGUGACAAGGCAGUUAAGGUUGUAAAGGAAGGAGGUAGCGUUGUUGUUUUGACUGGAGCUGUAGUACCCCCAGGUUUCAGAUUUGUAGUGACUUCCAAUGGUUCAGUACUUUCCAAAAUGAAUCCAUAUGUGGAAAGUGGAAAGGUGAAGCCUGUUAUUGACCCAAAAGGCCCCUUCCCCUUCUCGCAGUUGGUGGAAGCUUUCUCCCACCUUGAAACAUGCAGAGCAACUGGAAAAGUAGUAAUUUCUCCCAUUCCUUGAAACAAUGGGAACACCGGCUUUCCUUUCUUAAUUUUGGCUUAUCAUCAGACAUUGUUCAUUUAUUAAUAUAGAAAGUCCUCUGCAAUUAUGUAAAUAAUUUAUUUAAGCGAGCAGCAAUUAUGCAAAGAAUUAAUCUAAUCAUAUAUAGCUGGAUGAAGACUGAACAAAAUGGGUAUGCUUAAGUUAUAGUAUUACCGUAUUCAUCUAAAAUCACAAUUCUAUUACUGUAUCUAUGGAAAGGAAUAUGAUUGUUAGUUUCUCCUAGCAUUUGUAUUCAAUAUCUAUAGAAUGGAUUGUACAUCAAUUUCUUCAUCUAAAAUUAAAAAAUAAAGUUUCUUUAUGAAUA